AGAGCGUUCCCGAGGUACAAAGACGUCAUCAAUCCGCGUCGCACACCGUACGUGUACUUGCUGGGUUCCAAGAAAGAUAUUUUUUUAUUAGUUUUUUUAAAAUGCCUAUGAAAGGAAGGUAUCCGAUUAGAAGGACGCUGGAGUAUCUCCAGAAGGGCGACAUCAUCUUUAAAAACCGGGUGAAGAUUAUGACUGUGAAUUACAACACACACGGAGAGCUCAGCGAAGGAGCAAGGAAGUUUGUGUUUUUUAACAUCCCGCAGAUUCAGUACAAGAAUCCUUGGGUACAAAUUAUGAUGUUCAAAAAUAUGACUCCAUCGCCCUUCCUCAAGUUUUACCUGGAUGAUGGUGAAAAAGUACUGGUGGAUGUGGAAGGGAAGGACUACAAGCAGAUUUCACAACAUGUUAAGAAGAUUCUGGGGAAAUCAGAAGAAGUGCUGCAAGCUGAAGCUCAAGCAAAGAUGCAGGCAUCCAACCCAGCCAACUUCGGGCCAAAGAAGUACUGUCUAAGGGAAUGCAUCUGUGAGGUGGAGGGCCAAGUGCCGUGUCCUGGCACCACACCGCUGCCAAGGGAGAUGACAGGAAAAUAUCGCGCCAAGAUGGCGGAGUCACAGGAAUGAGAAGCUGCACAACAGACUUUUCUGUCAUCUCAGGACAUUAUUCUGGCCGUUUUUGUUGUGACUAUAUGUGAAAGGAUUACACCAAAAUACGAUCUGCUUGACUUCUGGGAUGCAUCAAUGUGGACAAUUUCUGUAUAUAUUAAACUGAAUUCCAUCCAACUUUCAAUAUUUUAACUAUAUUUCUAGCUUGUUUCUUUUUUAUAUUGCAACCAUAAACAAAUUUAAUGUAUAUGCUUGGAUCUGCCAAAAUAAAAUCUGAUCUUUGGUGGAUCAUUA